AUGCUAUCCAUAUUGCGUUCCCUGGCCUCCAGGGAUAGCGACGAUGCUCUUGUACGCCGCUGGGAGUUCCGUGAUGAAGCCCCGCUGAAAGGUAGCGACCGUUCGCUCUUUAUUGCCAUGGGAUUUUUCGGCUUACUAUCCUUGGUCUCGACAUUUUCGCUUCUAUCUUUCCUUACCUAUCGAUUCAUUUACUGGCAGCGUUACUACAAAAGCCCACUCGGCAAGAAUCAAUACGUUGUCCUCAUUUACCAACUUCUGCUCGUCGAUCUCCAGCAGGCCAUUGCCUUCACGAUUACCCUGUAUUGGGUGUCUCGUGGUAGCGUUCAAUUCGGAACACCUGCCUGCUACCUACAAGGAUGGUGGAUUCAGACCGGUGAUCCUGGCAGCGGCCUAUUUGUCCUAUCUAUCGCCUUCCACACGGUUGCUGUCGUACUUCGUGGGCGACAAUUACCAUUCAACAUCUUCGUAUACUGUGUCAUUGCACUGUGGACGUUCAUUCUUAUUCUGGGCUUCAUUCCAGUUGGCCUCUAUGGCUCAAAAUCCUUUGUUAUCUCGGAAGCCAAUUGGUGCUGGUUGAGUCCCGAAAACGAAAACGAACGUCUCUGGGGACACUAUAUCUUCAUCUUCCUAGCCGAGUUCCUAAAUCUCAUCCUCUAUGGAUUGCUCUUCACAUUCCUCCGCCGCAGGAUGCGCCAAGCCAAGCAGUUGCGUCGAGGUCAGCAAGAGAGUCUCCACCGGCUGAACCGAGUGGUCAUUUACAUGGUUAUCUAUCCGCUUGUGUACUUAGUCUUGUCACUGCCGCUUGCUGCUGGCCGUAUGGCUACUGCUCGUGGGAAUCCUCCGGGGAAGACCUACUUCGGUGUGGCUGGCUGCUUGAUGUCACUAUCGGGUUUCAUGGAUGUCGCAGUCUACACUCUCACUCGUCGCCAUUUGAUCAUCGAUACCGAGCAUUCUACUACGGACCGGAACUACGAUGGAACGGAUUCUCAAUGGCAGACUCAGAUCACAACCACCGUUGGUGCUCAGUCCAAGAAGGGCGGAUACGGUAAAGGAUCUCGAUUCGGCUCCAAAUGGCAUCGCAGUGCACCCACUUCGGACAAAGAAAUUGGAACUAGUCCCUUUGAAGGAUCGACCGAAGAGAUCGUUCCCAAAGAUGGCGUGGAAAUGUCUGAUUUCGGAGGUGUGUACCAAGAAACAACCAUCGAGAUCUCUCACGAACCCGCCAACUCGGCGGAGUCGGUCGCGCAGAGUGCAAAUCACAGCGGUUGA